AUGGAGGCCCUGAAGGCCACACAGCGCUGUAUGGAGGCCCUGAAGGCCACACAGCGCUGUUUGAAGGCCCUGAAGGCCACACAGCGCUGUAUGGAGGCCCUGAAGGCCACCCAGCGCUGUAUGGAGGCCCUGAAGGCCACACGGCGCUGUAUGGAGGCCCUGAAGGACACACGGCGCUGUAUGGAGGCCCUGAAGGCCACACGGUGCUGUAUAAAGGCCCUGAAGGCCACACGGCGCUGUAUGGAGGCCCUGAAGGACACACGGCACUGUAUGGAGGCCCUGAAGGACACACGGCGCUGUAUGGAGGCCCUGAAGGACACACGGCGCUGCCCGGCCACACCUGGCUGUCCUCAGAGGUGUCUCCAGUUCGACCCGGACUGCACGGCGUGGAGCGCCAAGCAGCAGAUCAUCUGCUCCCUCGGCGAGCCGCUGUGGGACGCCUACAACUACGGCCUCUUCCAGCCGGCCAGAGACGGGCGGGACGCCAAGUUCCUGGAGGAGGAGAGAGCGCUGCGAGACUACGCGCCGACCUUUGAGAAGGGGGUGCCCUACCUGGAGUUUAGGUACAAAACCAGAGUCUACAAACAGACCAAUCUGGAUGAGAAGGCGCUCUCCAAACUCAGCACGAAGGCCAGCCUGAAGAAGUUCCUGGAUUACAUUCAGAUCGGAGCAAUAGAGAAAAUGACAAAAGUCCUCGAUAAAGGUCUUGAUUCCAAUUUCCAUGACCCUGACAGUGGAGAGACCCCCCUGUCUGUGGCCAUGCAGUCGGGCCUGCUGACGGAGGGCGUCCGGCUGCUGGUUCAGGGCGGCGCUCACCUGGACUUCCGGAGCAGGGAUGGCUCCACGCCGCUGCACAAAGCGGUCAGGGCCCACAACCACGCCGGGCUGCUGGCGCUCUUGUCUCUCGGAGCGUCUCCAAACUACAAGGACCGCUGUGGCCUGACCCCGCUGUACCACACUGUGCUGGCAGGGGGCGCCACCUCCUGCUGUGAGACCCUCCUGUACUACAGGGCGAGGCUGGGCUCAAGGGAUGAGAAUGGCUGGGACGAGUCCCACCAGCACAGGGAUGAAGAAGAGUUUGGAAUGGAAGAAAUACAUAAGGCUUGCCAGAAUGGUUUUGCAGAGCACUUGGAGCAUCUGCUGUUUUAUGGGGCAAACCCCUCCUCUCAGAACGCCUCGGGGAACACUGCGCUGCACAUCUCGGCCCUCUACAACAAGGAAAGCUGCGUCCGCGUUCUUCUGUACCGGGGAGCCGACAAGGAGGCGCAGAACAACCUCGGCCAGACUCCUUUCCAGCUCGCGAUCAUGUCGGGUCACUUUGAACUCGGGGAAAUCCUCAAAAACCACAAAGAUUCUGACAUCGUGCCCUUUUUGGAAUCUCCAAAGUAUGUUCCCAAGCGAAAAGAGAGCGUCCACACGCUGCCGCUGCCCUCCCUUCAUUCCCACCCCCUGCUGCGCGCUAACAGCGAUGACUCCAUGACCCAGUCUGACCCCCUGGCCCUGACCCACCAGGCUGCAACCGAUCCCCACCCGGGGCAGGGCCAACGCAGGGCCUCCAUUGGCAUGAGAAGCUCCAGCAGCCCGAGAAGUCGCACUCGCUCUCCAUCCCGAGGCAGAGGAGGCCAAAGUGACACAGAGGAGAGGCACCGGCCCCCUAGAGGCAGACAGGGUGCGACCUCAGCGGGCCGUGGAGGUCCGGUGAAGCGGAUGUACAGCGCAGUGCCGGGCCGGAUGUACACGGCCACCCGGGCCUACUCUGCCAGCGGAGACAAAGAACUCUCACUGAACAAAGGCGACAGAGUUAAAGUGCUCAGUGUCGGAGAAGGAGGAUCCUGGGAAGGAACCGCCAAGGGGCGCACGGGCUGGUUUCCCUCCGACUGCGUGGAAGAGGUGGCGGCUCUCAGCAAAGACCAGCGAGCAGAGACGAGCAGUGAGAAGGCCAAGAGGAAGCUGUUCCGGAACGUCACGGUCGGGACCUACGACGGCGCCGACGGGCCCAGUGACUACAUCAUUAAGGAGAAGACAGUGCUCCUACAGAAGAAAGACAAUGAAGGCUUUGGCUUUGUGCUUCGGGGCGCUAAAGCUCAGACUCCCAUAGAGGAGUUCACUCCGACGCCAGCGUUCCCCGCGCUGCAGUAUCUGGAGUCUGUGGAUGAGGGGGGCGUGGCCUGGAGGGCGGGCCUGAGGAUGGGGGAUUUCCUCAUCGAGGUGAACGGCCAUGAUGUCGUGAAGGUCGGCCACCGGCAGGUGGUCAACAUGAUCCGACAGGGCAGCAACAGCCUGAUGGUGAAAGUUGUGAUGGUUGCUCGAAACCCUGAGCUGGAGGACACUGCUCGGAAGAGAGCGCCGCAGCAGACGAAAAGACUGACUCCUCCUGCCAUCGCCCUGCGCUCCAAGUCAAUGACAUCAGAGCUGGAAGACAUGGUGGACAAAGCUGCGUCUCCAUGGAAAAAGAAAGCAGAAUACGAGUCCUCUCUUGCUCCUGAUAAGAAGAGGACCGUCUAUCAGAUGGCACUAAAUAAACUGGAUGAAAUCUUGGCUGCUGCCCAACACACUAUUACACCAGACAACCAGGGCCAGAGGGGUCAUGGAGGCAAGAGGGACCGGAGCAAGAGUAUUGUUCCCAACGUCUCCAAUGAGCAACCCUAUGAGCAUCAGCCAUCAGUGAGUAUGGUGCAGCCCGGAGCAGCUGUUGGCUACAACCAAGCUCAUUUUCAACCCGGCCACACUCAGCAUGCAGCCAUGAUACGUCAAAAAUCUAUUGGUGUAACAGAGGAGGAAAGACAGUAUCUACACCCACCUCCUAUCAAACUGGCUCGCAGCCUGUCAGUGCCAGGACCGGAGGAAAUACCCGCACCCCCGAACACAUCCGCCCCAGAGCCACCUUUAUCCGCUGGCCCUCAUCCCGGGAGAGGGCCAGCGGAUAAAGGGGGACACUACCAGCAGGGGCAUGCCACACAAGCAGGCUGGGAGAGGGGAGGGCCUGGUGAGAUGAACCAGAAGGCCAUGGCCCCUACCCUCCGCAGACAAUCUGAAGGACUGUGUGGCAAAGAGCCGGAGGCUUCCAAGAGAGGUGGCAAAAUGGGAGGCUUGAGGAGAGGCUACAGCAGUGCUACACCACCGACAAGUGCGAAGCCAAAGGCCCAACAAGCACCACAGCACCACCCGCACACGGCCAACCGGGAGCAGGCUGGAGGGGCUGGCAAGGGGACAACCAGGAAGGGUGGUCGAGGAGCUCUAAUGAAACAGUCGAAAGUGGAGGAUGGACUUCGGCAGCACCGAGGAAAAGGAGUUGCAGCCAAAGAGAAGAGCUCCAUCCCCAUCCCCACCAUCAUUGUCAAGGCACCCUCCACCAGCAGCAGUGGGCGGAGCAGCCAGGGUAGCAGCAUGGAAGCUGAGCCCCCCCAGGAUCUUGAAGACCACACCUCAGCAGAUACAACCUCAGACAGUCCCAACACCAGUCUACCCUCACCACUCACCCCUUUGCCACCUCAGCCCUCUGCGCCCACUUCCUUGCCUUCAUCAACUGUUGCCCCAUCUGUUUCCUCGCAGCAAGCCUUGGAAAACUUGGACUACACGUCAACAUACGGGACGGCCUUCAGAGGAGGAGGGGCGCGCAGGGAAAGAGAACGUUUCCGAGAUAUGAGAAGAAAGAGUGCUUCUUUCUUCCUCUCAUCUGAGGAAGACAUUCAUGGGGAGACGGGGGGAGGAGGAGUACUUGGGGCAAGAAUUCAGCCUUUACAGGGCACACAAAUGGAAGUGCCCACCCCUCGUCUACGGCCCUCCAAGUCUAUAGAUGAGGGCAUGUUUUCGGGAGACAGCUAUGUCCACUAUUCCAGCAGCAUGCCCCCAGCCUUUGGCCUACCUGAGUAUUCGUUCCCUGUCCUUGGUCAGGAUGGCCAGCCCAAGUCAGCUCCCUCAAUGUAUGGCAUACAGGCCACGACUACUUUCAUCCACCCGCUUACAGGGAAAGUUCUGGACCCCUCAUCCCCACUUGGCCUGGCUCUAGCUGCAAGAGAGAGGGCUCUAAAAGAUGACCGCAGGACACGCAGAGAGGAGAGGCACUUUGGUCGGCAGCUGUCCACAGUCGGAGUGUUCCCUACCACUGCUCAGACCCCAACUCCUUCCCUUUUUGCAACCCCAUCACAAUCUGCCUACACUUCCCCCGUAUCUCCCCACCUCAGCUCCUCCACCGCCACCACCUCGCCUGCAUCUGUGAGCCGGCCACAGUCACCAAGGAUAUUACGUUUGGGUGGAGGAGGAGGGGAGAGGACGGAGAGAGAAAAGGAGGGAGCACCCAGGGAGGGUCUCCGAGUUCGCUUCUCAGAGGACCGAACCAGUCAGCAUACAACCCAGUAUUACCCACAGAGCCCCAGGGAAAGAGAAAAGGAGGUGUAUGACACCAGACCUGCUCCACCCAAGCAGCCUCCUCCACCGCCAGUUCAAUCUGCACCCCGAAGACCUUCAUUUCUGCAGAUGGAUAGCGCUCCCAACUCCAGCUCCAUCGCUCCGUAUACUGUUCCCACAGCACAAACGCAUGGAACUAUGGGAGAAGCCAGAACAGGAACAGGUGGAAGUCUUGGACUGAUGGUUCUCCCUCCACCAGCUCCCUCAAUCGAUGCAGAUGAUGAGUUUGUCUUUGCAGAUCCCUUGCCCCCUCCCAUACAGUUUGCUAAUGGUAAGAAGGAGAGAGUCCAGGACUAUCCUCAGCAGCAUCAACACCGGAGUCAACACUCUGCUGCACCACCUCUCCCACCCCCUCUUCCAUCUGGCAAGCACUCCAAUGCUCCCCAACCCUCCUCACAGUGUGGGGACUCGGCUGCCUCCAGCCUUACAUCCUACGACAGUGAGGUAGCCAAUCUGACACAGUCGGCUCUCUCUCCAUCGUAUCCGUCCCCACAGAUGUUUCCCCCUCCGCCUGCCACUACCACUACCGCUGCACCUUUGCCUGCCACUUCACUCCACAGACCCCAGCCCAUGUCUCACUCUCACCCCUAUUACAGCAGCUCUAAUGACCCCUCAGUAGGGGGUCACAACCUGGCCCAGGAUAGAGGCACAGUCUCCCUCACAACCACCAUGACCUAUUCUACCACUACCAUGACAGCCACUGCAGCCGACACCACUACAACCUCACUGGGAUCCUCUGACUACAGUAUGACCACAGCCGGGCACAGGGCUGGCCUCGGCACAGGGGGCAAAGCCGCUGAUCACACACAUCAUCCUCCUGUUAUGUCGAAGAGCGGAGACUGGCAAGAUUCCGUGGUGGACUCCGGGAUUGAGGAGCUGGACAGUCACAGCAGUAGUGACCACCAUUUAGAAAUGCUGGGAUUGAGUGGUCAGAGAGGAGAGAAGGGAGGGAUCGGAGGAGGAGGAGAUGGUCAAGGAGGAGAGGAAGAGAGAGGGAGUGAGCAUCAGGGUCCUUGUACAACCUACUCGGGUGGGCAAACAUUUGAGUUGCACGGCGCCAAAGUGGCAAACCCUGUGUUUCCAAGGAUGCCUCCUUACAAGGAGGGAGGAGGGAGGUGUCCGCCUGUUGCACUCCGGAGGCAGAACAGCACCAACCCUGCUCCUUUGCAGUUGCACAGACAAAGCAACCCAGAGGAUGUCAGGUUAGAUGGAGCGUUCAACACCACUCUGGCUGCCUGCUUGGAGAGGCAGCCAGACCCUCAGUCGGUGGGCUGGGUUGAGGUUGGGGACCAUGAGCACGGUGGAGACGGUGUGCAGAGAGGUGCCAUCAUGUUGGAGGGGCGCAGACUUCACUCGCCUCUUUCUGGCGUGAAGGCGAGCAUCAUCAAUGAGCUGAGUUCCAAGCUCCAGAAUAUGAGCAGCAUGAAGAGCAUGGAUGACUGGAGCCACAGUCCAAAGGCACCUGCCAUGCAUCGGUAUUCGGCAGAUUUCACUGAUGUUUUUCAGAGUCCCCCUUCUGGCCACUCCACCUCGCCAUUACCCACCUCCUCUCCACAGCACCGUCAGAUCCUGACGCCAAAUCUGUCGGCCACUCCUUCUGUCUCCCCAUCCCCUCAAGCCCCAAUUCAGUGCAACUGGACCCGCUCCCCGUCUCCACAGAUGCCUCCUUCCCCAGUUCAUGCACACCCUCCCCAUUCUCCGACCUACUGCCCAUACCCAACGUCGCCGAAGCGUCCGAGGUCCAAGUUGCGCCGGCAGACUUUUGAUUUUCAGUGCAGUCCCGCGAAGGAGAUGCGGUCUUCGGUCUCACGGCGGCGAGCUCCCAGUCCUCUUAUCUACGGCACGGAACAGCCAAACCCCACUCCUCCCAGGCCUUCCUCUCUCCCCAUACUUCCCACUACACCUGUCUACAACAACCCUUUUGACUUCCCCGGGCCCCUCACUCCUCCUUCGCCUGGAGUGCCUCAAGGAGAUACCUACAAUACUUCAACUCCUCACCUGUUCUCCCCAUCUGGUGUGCCAAGUGCAAACCCCCUACUUGUCUCCCGCUCUCUCUCCCCCACCCAUUUUCUUUCUGGAGCCUCCUCCCCCAUACACUUGCCACCCAGCCCAUCUUGCCUCAACUACCCCCAUCUCACCCCUCCUGCCCCAGCCAAACCCUUUGCCGUCAAGCCCCUGCCCUACUGGACCAAGUACGAUGUGGCCGACUGGCUGGCUUACCUGAACCUGGGGGAACACAGAGAGCGUUUUAUAGACAAUGAGAUAGAUGGAUCACAUCUACCUUCGCUCACCAAGGAUGAUUUCUUGGACCUGGGAGUCACACGUGUGGGGCACCGAAUGAACAUCGAGAGGGCGCUGAAGAAACUCACUGACAGGUGAGGGGGGGCUCAUAGACUCUGGAACAUGUAGAGCCAAUGGGGUCAAAGGUCAAAAGAGGAUGCACCGGAUGAGAAGGACUGAAGUUAGCUGGGCCAUCCCCUUUUUUUAUUAGAUGCAUAGAAUUUGAUACGUUUUCUCAUCUUCCCUCCAACCCUUUCUCUUUAUUUACAAAUGCAACAACCCGAUUUAGUUUGCUCCGCCUUUAUUUAAUUUCCACUCGUUUUUAUUCUUAUCGAUUUGCCCUCCUUCUCUCCCCAGGCGGCUCUCCUCUCCCUUGCAUGUCACUACUUCUCCCUGAGACACAGGCUGAGAGAAUAGAUGAGAGAAAGGGAGAAACACUCAUUGACAAAGAUGGACAAUAACAGAAGAUGUGCAUAGAACGACAGUGGACGUCAACGGGUUGAACUCAGACUGAGAAGGAUGUGUGGGGGAGAUUUAUGUCAGAUUUUGCUCCACAUUUAGAGAAUACUAUUACAAUUUGUGGAAUGACUUUUGGGUAUGAGAAAGUUAAGAAUAUCAUAUGAAAAUGACGCUCUUCAACUGAAAAUAUACUUUCAAACUUUUGAUGGACAGGCAUUUAAUCAACGCACAGUUUUGUGCUGUAAAAGACGAACACAUAUUCACACACACCACACACACACUCAUAUUCUCACACACACACUGACAGAUGGAUUCUCACACCAUCUGCUGUUUAGCAGCAUUGAGAAAACUUCAGUCUGAGUUGAAAGACACAUUUAAAAGUCGCUGGUUGAAGGGUGAACCCCGUGACAAUGUUACUGCCUGGCUGAGCCAGGAGCUCUGUGGAACAGGGGCGUCCUGACAUCAGGGCUGGAGGCAGGCGGGGGUCGGAUGGCUGUGAGGACAAAGUCAGAACAUGAUGGAUUUGUUUGUAAAUGAUGACAGAUAGAAUGGUAGACAAUAAUAGUAUUCUUUUUAUAUAUUUGCAAUAUUACCCCAAAGGAAGCCCCAAUAAGCUUUGUAUGUAUGUACUUUGCGAGCACUAAAUAUAUCUUACAUGUUAAACGGGAUUCACUACUAUAGUAAAACCAUAUGUUUUGUACAAAGUGCUGAUCGCAAUCAUUCAUUUCAAACUGGUCAGGGUAUUUAUAACUGUUGAAUUGAAGUUGUGCAUAAUGAGGAUGUACAAGUAUUGAGAUUAUAUUGUUGUGAAAUGACCUUUCAUUAUUUUCCUGAUUAUUCUAUCAAAAGGAGAUUAAAUAUAUAGAAGAGCAACUGAAAA